GUUUGUGGCUGGCUGGCUGAGGCUGUCAGUCCUGGGCCGUUUCCCCGAGGCAGACGCUCUGCUGGGGGCGGGAGGAAGAGGGGCCGGACUGGGGCCUGACUAGCAGUCGCUGCCGCCACGGUCUUCGGGGCUGCUAUGAUCAGCGGACGACUCGCCCUCCGCAGCUCCGCGCAGCGCUAGUCGCGGCCGUGCGCCCGCUGUAGCCGUCUGCGUCCCCAGCUCAGCCGCUCCCGCGGCUCCCUCUGCUCUUUCAGUGUCCCCUGCGAGGCGAGGCGGAGGCAGGAUGAAGAUGACGGUGGAUUUCGAGGAGUGUCUGAAAGACUCGCCCCGUUUCAGGGCUGCUUUGGAAGAAGUGGAAGGAGAUGUGGCAGAAUUGGAACUGAAACUUGAUAAGCUUGUGAAACUGUGUAUUGCAAUGAUUGAUACUGGAAAAGCCUUUUGUGUUGCAAAUAAACAGUUCAUGAAUGGGAUUCGAGACCUGGCACAGUAUUCUAGCAAUGAUGCUGUAGUUGAGACAAGUUUGACCAAAUUUUCUGACAGUCUUCAAGAAAUGAUAAAUUUUCACACAAUCCUAUUUGACCAAACCCAGAGAUCAAUUAAGGCACAACUUCAGAACUUUGUUAAAGAAGAUCUCAGAAAAUUCAAAGAUGCCAAGAAGCAGUUUGAAAAAGUCAGUGAAGAAAAAGAAAAUGCGUUAGUAAAAAAUGCUCAAGUGCAAAGAAACAAACAGCAUGAAGUUGAAGAAGCCACAAACAUUCUGACAGCAACAAGAAAAUGUUUUCGACACAUAGCCCUCGAUUAUGUACUUCAGAUUAAUGUCCUUCAAUCAAAAAGGAGAUCAGAAAUCCUGAAAUCAAUGUUAUCCUUUAUGUAUGCCCAUUUGGCUUUCUUCCAUCAAGGAUAUGAUCUGUUUAGUGAACUUGGGCCCUAUAUGAAGGAUCUUGGUGCACAGUUGGAUCGACUGGUUGUAGAUGCAGCAAAGGAGAAAAGAGAAAUGGAGCAAAAACAUUCCACCAUUCAACAAAAGGAUUUCUCCAAUGAUGAUUCUAAGCUAGAAUAUAACGUAGAUGCUGCAAAUGGCAUUGUUAUGGAAGGUUAUCUGUUCAAACGUGCCAGCAAUGCCUUCAAAACUUGGAACAGGAAAAAGCCCGAUCAUAUCAGACGCUGGUUUUCAAUACAGAAUAAUCAGUUGGUUUACCAGAAAAAGUUUAAGGAUAACCCCACUGUGGUGGUGGAGGACCUCCGGCUCUGCACAGUGAAACACUGUGAGGACAUAGAACGGCGAUUCUGCUUUGAGGUGGUCUCUCCAACAAAAAGUUGUAUGCUUCAGGCAGAUUCUGAAAAGCUGCGCCAGGCAUGGAUUAAGGCUGUUCAGACCAGUAUUGCUACUGCUUACAGAGAGAAGGGUGAUGAAUCAGAGAAGCUGGAUAAGAAAUCGUCUCCAUCCACAGGGAGCCUGGAUUCUGGAAAUGAGUCAAAAGAUAAGCUAUUAAAAGGAGAAAGUGCAUUGCAGCGAGUCCAGUGUAUACCCGGGAAUGCCAGCUGUUGUGACUGUGGUCUGGCAGACCCACGGUGGGCCAGCAUCAACCUGGGCAUCACCCUGUGUAUUGAGUGUUCUGGGAUUCAUCGGAGUCUUGGAGUUCAUUUCUCAAAAGUGCGAUCUUUAACUUUGGAUACCUGGGAGCCUGAACUUUUAAAGCUUAUGUGUGAGUUGGGGAAUGAUGUUAUAAAUAGAGUUUAUGAAGCUAAUUUGGAAAAAAUGGGAAUAAAGAAACCGCAUCCAGGACAAAGACAGGAGAAAGAGGCGUAUAUCAGAGCAAAAUAUGUGGAGAGGAAAUUUGUGGAUAAAUACUCUAUGUCAUCAUCACCUCCUGAGCAGGAAAGAAAGAUUGUCUCCAAAAGUUGUGAAGAAAAGAGGCUGAGCAUUUCUAAACUUGGGCCAAGUGAACAAAUUAGAGCAUCUCCUCAGAGUUCAGUCAAAAGUAAUGACAGUGGAAUCCAGCAGAGCUCUGAUGAUGGAAGAGAAUCUUUACCCUCCACAGUGUCAGCCAAUAGUUUAUAUGAACCUGAGGCAGAAAGGCAAGAUUCUUCUGUGUUUCUUGACUCUAAACAUCUUAAUCCAGGACUCCAGCUUUAUAGGGCUUCAUAUGAAAAAAAUCUUCCUAAAAUGGCUGAGGCUUUGGCUCACGGCGCAGAUGUGAACUGGUCUAAUUCCGAGGAAAACAAAGCAACACCACUUAUUCAGGCUGUAUUAGGGGGCUCUUUGGUUACAUGCGAGUUUCUCCUACAGAAUGGUGCUAAUGUGAACCAAAGAGAUGUGCAGGGGCGGGGACCAUUGCACCAUGCCACCGUCUUGGGGCACACGGGGCAGGUAUGUUUAUUUCUAAAAAGAGGUGCCAAUCAACAUGCCACUGAUGAAGAAGGGAAGGACCCUUUGAGUAUAGCUGUGGAAGCAGCCAAUGCUGAUAUAGUGACCUUGUUACGUUUAGCAAGAAUGAAUGAAGAGAUGCGGGAAUCAGAAGGACUUUAUGGACAGCCAGGUGAUGAAACUUACCAGGACAUUUUUCGUGAUUUCUCCCAAAUGGCAUCCAAUAAUCCAGAGAAACUAAAUCGUUUCCAGCAAGAUUCACAGAAAUUUUGAAUUUUUUUAGAAUGGGGAAAACAGUAAAUCUAGUGACCCCCUAAUGUAUAUAUCUGAAAACUCACAUAUUUUUACUGCUUUAAUUCUACUUACUUAUUUUUAGUAGCUAUUGAGUGGUUUGGAGAAGAGAUACCCAUUCAUUGAUAUUUUUAUAAAUCAAAACAUAGAUCUCUAGCAGUUGGGAGAAGAACCUACUUUAAGACUUAUUUUAUUUUUGUUUUUUAAAAAAAGCCUGUUUAAAGGGCUGUUUUUUAUAGAUGAAAGUUGAAUCUGGACUUAGGCCAUCUCUAGGUUACAAGAUGCUAAGAAUUUAUACAAAAUAAUCUUUUUUUCCCAAUGAAUGAUGGCAUUGAUGUUUUUCUUCUGUGCACUGUGCCCAGGAUUGUUCAGUCAAGCCUGUCAGCAUCAAGUGAGAGCCUGAUGUCCUGCCUGAUUCCAGAACGUGUCUUUGCUUUAGCUUCCUGGAUGUUGGUGGUUCAAAAUAGUUUUUGUUUUUAUUUUUUCUUGGUAGCUAUUAUAUACACAAUAUGUAAUUUAAUUAUCAGAACUAGAGGAUACAUGACCCCGUUUCCUCAUAAAUAUAGUUUAUCCCUCAUGUCCAGUACUUUAGCAUGUAUACAGUGGCUGUACAGAUUGAUAUAACUCAGUCCUUUAGAUUUAUUCCAUUUUAUGAAGCAAAAAAGAAACCGUUGACAUUUUUUUUUUUCAAUUACCAAAAGGAUCUCAAAGAAGUUAUAGUUCUUCAAUGUUGGGUUGAUUUCCUAAAACCUUGACAAUUUUAUUGAUGUAAUAAAACUGUGUUUCAAAGGUUACUUGAAUGUUGCAAAAUUAUGCUUUCAUCAGAUUGUAACUAUCAAAGGAAAAGUUGACAUAAAAUAAUGUAGAACAUUUUUAUAUUUGAAAUGUGUCCUUUUCAAGGUACAUUUUUGCUGUUGCUCCUGGUGAAAGGAAAAUCUCUCUGUAAAAGGAGAAAAAAAAACUCGUUUUUUAAGUUUAUACUAAAAUAUACAGCAAUAAAUUGCUUUUUAAUUCUUCUAACA